AUGGAUAAGUUCACAGAUAAGAUCGCCACAUUGGCCGAUGGAAGAAAAGUAUCAUAUGCAAUCUACGGCGCGCAAGAUGACGACGCACCUACAGUGUUUUACCUCCACGGCUUCCCCGGCUCUCACCACGAAGGGUACGUGACUAACAGCGCGGCUCUCAAACACGGCAUGCGCGUCAUUGCACCGACGCGACCUGGCUUCGGCGACUCGACGUUUCAAGAGAAUAGAGCAAUUCUCGACUACCAGAAGGAUAUCCUCGAGCUGGCAGAUUUGUUAUCUGUGCGCCGGUUUGUCGUCUUGGGUGUAUCUGGCGGCGGCCCUUAUACCAUUGCCUGUCUCAAAGAUCUCCCUCGCGAUCGUUUGGUUGGUGUCGGCACCGUCGCCGGAGUGAUGCCGAUAUCAUUCUCAACACAAGGCAUGCUGACCAUGUCACGCGUUAUGCUUGCUGUUGCGCCGUAUGCCACAGGGGCGUUGGGAUGGGUGGCAUACAGACUGUUGGGCAGCGUGGCACGGGACAUCGAACACCCAGAGAGGCUAGUGGAGAUGAUGGACAAAGACAUAGGAUCACGAUCGGCCAGUGACAAGGAAGCUUGGAUGAACCACCCAGAUCUCAAACUGGCUAUUGUUCGUUCUACUCGGGAAUCUAUGAAACAGGGCGGUUAUGCGACGGCGUGGGAAGCAAAACUGUAUGGAACGGAUUGGGGCUUCAAAUUGGAGGAUGUCAAAGCUGCAAAGGGGGAGAUGAUACUCUGGCAUGGAGAUCAGGAUGUUAAUGUCCCGCUGAGUGGUUCUCAGAAGGCUAUAGAGAUGAUGCCAAAUGCGGAAUUACGGGUGAUGGAGGGGGAUAGUCACUUGAGUUUGGUGGCAAAGGUGGACGAGUUUAUCGUGGCGAUGAAGGAGAUGCUUUCAAGAUAA